UCUUAUUUACCUGCCAUUCAAGAGAGAAAGCGCGAGAAGUUAUUACUGCAGACAGUACAAGAAAAAAGGUAUCACAAAGUCCAUGGAAAAGUUACAGCAAAGGCUCUGAUGGAUUACGGUGACAAUCCUUUGCUACUUGCAAUAAGGGUAAGGAAUGAUUAGUUACCAUUGCUUGCCUGAACCGUGUAGCUCACCAUUAAUCCCACUCCAGCCGAGGGUUUUCGACUGGAUAUUCAGGGCUUUCCCAGCAGCAAAGAUCUUGUUCCAAACAUAACCCGAACCGUACAUUUUUUCCCACGCAACGUUCAAUUGAACAUCAGCAAGCCAGUUUCAAAAGGUGGUGCAAAUAUGGGCUGUUUUCUUAAGAAACAGUUUGUCAAAUUGUACUACCAAGAUCGUCAUGAUUUCAGAGCUUCCCUAAACUUUUAACCUUUGAUAUAAAGUUUAAGAUGUAUCAGGAAAACAAUUAGCUUUAGAAAACAGCCGACAUUUGCGACGCUACCAAUGGUUUCCCCACCAAAAGACGUCUGAGAAACGAGUACAGAAAUUCCAUAUUGAUGACGGGGAAACCAGUGGUAGCGUCGCCAAAUGUCGGCUGUUUUCUUAGGCUUGGAAAAAAAAUUGCUAACACUUCAGUCUAGAGUCAAAGGACGCGACAUGUGUCGGCAUCCUUUGUGAGCGCGCAAAUAGUCAUGAAAACCACGAUUUUACGGGUGCCAUUUUAAUAAUAUCAAAUGUGCGCAAAAAGUUCCAUAAUUCCUGGUUUUUCGAAAUUCCAUUGUUUUGAUGAGGACUGGCAUGGGCCUAUUUGUAAAUUGAAAUGUGUAUGUUUUAAAGGCAUGUUUGGGCUUUAUGUAGGUCAUCUCUUGUAUGAGGUCCUCUUUACUCUCACUUCCUACGAGUUUAAAAUUAAAGACCAAGCAAUUGUUAGACGCUGUAACCUCGAACCUUUUUCACUUAUUAGGCUAUGAACUUGUAAUAAUUAUUCUUUGUCAUUAUGUUUGUCAUCAGGUCGCUGAAGAGCUCCAUAGUCGGGCAGACAAGAACAAACUAGAUAAAGACGACUUCAUAAAACUGGCCAGUCGCGUGGAAGAAUUUACUCUGCGCUUCCUGGAUCCUUUGAAAUACGAAGAAAAAGAGCGCCAAGAUUUCUUUAGCAAUCCUGAAACGGAUUUUAUCGUUGGAACAGCAUUACGACUUAAACAGAAAAAGGUAAUAGUAAAGAGGCUAUCAUCAAGUAAGCCACAUAUCACCGCUUUGUUACUGUAAGUUAAUUCAUUGAAAACUAACUACCAAAAAUAUUAAUACUAAUGCAUCAUUUUUUAUUUAUUCAUUCAUUAUUUAUUACAAUUUGAGUGAACUCCAGUCUUGCCUGGGAAACUGAUUCCACUGGAAACAGCUUUUCUAAAUGUUCUAUUUUUUUUCCCAAUUUUCAGUCCUCCCUAGGUAGCUCGCACCUUCCGCGCUCGUAACGCGCCUUGCAGCUCCAAAAAAAAAGAAUUCCUGUUCGGUGCCUUCAGAUAUAUGUCCGCUACUUUAAAAACUCCCGAAAAACACUGCAAUAGUCUAGUUCCUGCUCUUGUGUUUUUUGUUUUGUUAAAGCUUUUGCAAUACUGUAACUACAUAAUUAUAGUCAUGCAGAUAAAGCUUAUGUUGUUGUUGUUUUUUUUAAUCAUAAAUGCAUUAAGACAAAAGACUAUAUAAUAAGACUAUAUAUUUUGUAACUUUAUCUUGUUUUUCUGUAAUUCUUAUUUAUCCACGUAGUUGAUUUAGUUACUUUACAAUAUCAUCCGUUGUGACUACUGUAACCUUUCCUCUCCGCCCGACUGGUCUAGCUUUUGCUAUUUGCGGGCGGAGAUGGCAAACGGAUGUGUAUAAAAAUGAAGAAUAGUGUGUGUACGGAAUACAUUAGGAAAUUGAGUAAUUUUAAUUUUCAGUGGACAAAAGGCUUGUACCAGAAUAUUCAAGCCAUAUCGCAUUCUGUUUUUACACUUUUCUAGACCUAUAGAUGUAAUUAGUUAUCUUUGGUGUUAUUACAAUAACACCAAAGACGAUUUCUUAUGGGAGCCCCUGAGAAAAUACAUUACAAAUUUCACCGAAAUCGAGAAAACACACAGGUAAAAUUGCCAUGCAUAAGAUUUCAUUUUGUGAAGUUUGUUUUCUCAGGCUCCAAAAAGAACCUUUUCUUCGCAGUUAUUCCAUACAACUUAUGCAUUAUUUUAUAGCCCGUGAAAACUGUGAAAAAGAAUGCACUAUGCCUGAAAUUAUUCUGGUACAAGGUUAUUGCCAGGUUUUCCUAAUGGAUUUCAUCUUAAUUAUUUGUUUUUCUGUUGCUUGAUGAUGAUUCCCUUCCUGGUUAAGACCUACGGUAUGUAUCCUAUACUAGACAACACACCAUGCAGUUACAUUUACAAGUUCAUAUAAGUGUCUGGGAAGGAAUAUAAAAAGCCAAAUUCCAUUAAUCCGUUAAAAUCGUCAUUUGAGGCGCUCAAUUACUACAUGGGUUUAAAAGCCUCGCGUGCAAAAACCGAUGACUCUACCGUCUUUAAAUCACCACAGCUUUCUUUUACAACUUCUAAAUACCUGUUAAAAUGAUUUGAGGAGAUAGUGCUCUGUUCUUUGUGUACGAAAUAAUUUAAUGUCGAAGGCACACAAUUUACUUCAGUAAAUAUAAUGGAUGAAAAAACAUACAUUUAACCAUGUGCGAAACCUUCAAAUCGAUUCAGCUGCUGGUGGUUGAAUGUUAGAAGGAUGGUCUACAGAUUUCUGUAAAAGUUUUUUUGGGAAAAUGAUUACUAGCGACGCGAGAGCUUUACAAAACCUGUUAAAAAUGAAGAUAUUUGCAUGUGUAUUCAUUGACUUUCCGCGGUCAACUUUGAAGUUGCGAGUCGGACAAAAUUUAGUCCCUUCGCUUGUGUAAACCCACAGGAGAUGAAAAACCGUUUUGAAUUGUUCUUGCCUUAAAAUCUGCUCCAAAAGACGAGUCCAACAAGGCCAUUUUAGCCCGAUUAUCGAGUCGUUUCAUCUUUGUCUUGUAACGUGUAUUACCACGCCAACUGUCAACGUUAUUCGUGGCGAGGUAAUAUUCCUAAAGCCACUAUUCACCGAGAUCGAAAAGAACAAUUGUUUUAGUAUAUACACUCGAAGUGAUCUCAACAAAAUCAGAGAGGAAACCAUUCAAAAGUACGAUUUGAUUGACAGAUCAGGUCAGCUAGACACGCGACAGUUUAAAAAUAGAUCUUUGUAGAAUUUGCAAACAUGGCAAUUCACGAGCUUAUCACUUCGCAAACAACAGCGUAAUGACUUAAAUGGAACCGCUAAAAGUUUGAAUUGUUUCUUUACCUGAGAAGAAAAGAAGAGCUUUGUUGUUUUCUGUUGACUUGCCAAGUUUAUAGCCGAAAAGGUUUGUUGUGUCGUUCUUCGCAUGAAGUGCUGACAAAAUGGCUAUUCGGUUCCUCGAGGUAAGACGCCGUCUUCAUGUGGCAUUCUUUCUCGAAACGUAGAAUUUCUGCAAACAUUUGCUUUCACAUUUGUUUGUCAUAAGUAAACUUCGUUUUUGAGCCUAAUUGUUCUUGUUAGGAAACGCUGAGUUCACGAAACGGCCUCUUCUAGGCGAAUAAAUGGGAGUUGUAAACAAUCCAUCGACCACAAAACUCAACAACAGUAAAUGGAAAAACGCCGUUUUGAAUCCUUCGAAGUCUUUUCUUGCCUGAAAAAAAGACAACCCUAGGAUUUUGUCGACUUUUAAAAGAUCUUUCUCUAAGAAAAUGGGAAAAAACCGAGCUCACACAUUAUAUACUCGCUAGGAGGUGAAUAUUGUUGAAUAGUCCGAGAUAGCAAACCAAUCAGAUUGCUUAAAUCACCAAGAUCACUGAGUGUGUAUAUACUAAUACCAGAUAUUACAUCUCAUUGCUACAACAGAAUGACACAAAAAUGUCGGUGCUCACACGAUCUUGAAUUGCAGGCAGCCGUUUGUAAGUCACGUAAUUCAAUUUAGAGGGGUGGAGAAGGGUGAAGUAGCAAACGGCCACAACAAGACGAGCAAUAAUUAAGUUCACACUAUGCUGGAUAGUUUUUCGUGAAGACACAAAAAGCUAUCCGGUAAAGUAUGAACACCUAUCCGGUAUGCGACUUUCCUGUUUAGAGAUCGGCGCGUCGCGGCUUUGCUUUUUCGGGCCGAAAUCAAUCUUCUUUGCGUAAACAGAAGCCCUAUCCGGUGUGCUUUCUUUUUGUGUUUGCACAAAAGCUCUCCGGUAAAGAUUGUAUGAAGACAAUCUAUAGCGGCUUUAGAUAGUGACUCUUAGACACGGUCUUUCCCUUUUAAAAUCCAAAUGGUCAUUUUGUUUAUUCACAACUUUGGUUGUCAGCUCCCGGACUGGGUUUUGAUUUUAUUAAACGGUACUAGGACCGUUAUCAGUGCCAUAAUCUGCCGAAAGAAGCCGUACUUGGAGUGUUGGUGAAGAAUUUAGUACAAGGCUGCAGCUGCAAUUCUGUAGAACAAACUCUAAUGUAAGCAUGCAGUCACAUGCCUGGGCAUUAAGGUCAUUUCCCAACCCUUCACUUAGAAUAAUAUUAGUGGUGGUGUUACCAGGCAGCUUGUUGAAACUUCGUUACAUUUUGCAAGCUAUAUGAAUACCGUAUUUCCUCGAACAAGCACCCCAGCGCUUAUUUAAAAUUUCGGCUAAAAGGAGAGGUGCUUAUAGGAAGGACGACGCUGAAUAAGGGAGGCGCUUAUUAACUUUUCAUUUCAACAAACGGUAUUUUUAUUUUGGCUAAAUGCAUCUUAACGCGUUUGCUGGUCUGUCCUGUAAGUUCAUUUUUAACUUUUUUUUUCAUUUAACCUGUUACAUUAUCUGUGUACCGUAUUUCGUCGAUAAGGGCCUACGCUCCUAUAGGCGCCCGUCCCCGAAUAAGCGCUCAUCCCGUAAUAAUACCAAACAAGCGCCCCUAUCGAAUAAGCGCCCUCUGUCCUCCUGAUAACUUUCUUAAAUAGUAGGAAUGCAAGAGGAAUGGGACGAUCUUCUUAUUAAAUGACGAGAAUAAUCUUGAAGAUAAAGAGCGAAGUGGUUGCGCGUAAAUGUAGCGCGUGCACCGCGAAAGAUCGUGACGUCAUUACUACAAACCCUCUUGCAAACACAGCUCUUGGUUAAAUUAGAGCACGUGUAUUAUCUGAGUAAAUUAGGCUGAUUUAGCAACAAAACGGGAACGACAGAGUUGAGGAGAGCAAGGGCAAAUCAAACAACUGGCUUGAGUAAUAGCAGAGCGGCAAAUUGGCAACGAAAGUCGUAUUUUAUAUUAGUCCUUUCCGUGCGCUAUCCCGUCGUCAACUGACGUUCCUCUGCUGUUGCUAAAUCAGUCCAUGCAAAAGUCGGGUUUGCAUGAACUUUUGCAGUGCGCGCGCUAUUCACGCAAUCACGAGACUGCGGUACUCUUGAUUAUAACAACCGCUGUUUUAAUGAAUAAAAAGCACAUGUCUCGACGCUUCUGUACAGAAAACUAUGAUAACCUCUUUAUACAAACAAGAACUAAUUACGCUCACAAAAAUUCGUGUACAACAGUUCGCAACUACUAGCAUUUCCCUUUUGAUUGGCGCCUGCAUCAAUGUUUCUUGCUUUUUUUCAUUUUUGAAACCGUGUUCGGAAAUGAGACAGAGCGAAAUUGUUCAUGUAACCAAUUACUAUAAAGUUAAUUGGUAACGUUCGUGAAAUAAGAUGACACUACAAAUGAUAGCUGUCGAAAUAAGGGAACAUGGGAUAUUGUCGCCUGACAAACAGCUGCAGGCAUCUUUAAAGUGUUAGUAAUUACAAAAUUUUCCAAUUCUUUGCAGAGGCCAAACUCUAUUUCUUGUCGCAGUGCGAACAGGUUCAGUUUUUUUUCGAUGAGGAACCAGAAUGGUUAAAGUAAAAACUAGAGUUUAGCAAAGAUGAAGCAAGCAAGAAAGAAGAAAAAGGCCAGUUGGCUAAAAUUGGACUGAACUAUAAAAUGUCGGAAUUUUGUCGAAAUCAUCUCAUAAAUAUAGCUUUUAUUUACUGACGAAACAUCGAUUUGCCAAGUAUAAAAUAUAAUAUUUUUAUAUAUAAUAUAUUAAAAUCUAUUUUUGAUUAUUUGUUUAUUUUUUUGGCAGUUUUUCGAUCAUCCUGUGAUUAUAGACUUUUUGACUGAACGUUGGUAUGGUGGUUAUGAAAACAGGAAACUAUCAAGACUGUGGUGGCUCUUACUCACCGUUUGGUGCCUUUUCGACAUCGUCCUUUUUCCAUUGAUAUUUCUUCUUACACGUGUGAUCGGUAAAGUACUUUAUUUACAUGAAUUUGAUGACAUCUCUUUAAAUGUGGACAGUCAAAUAUUUGACAUUAAUGACUGUGAACCUUGGAUUUAUAAACAGAUGUACUUGUCCUUGUGAAUAGUUGUCUUGUUUUGUUUUCAUUUCAUUCUUGUUUGGUUUUUGUCUUUGUUUUCAGUUUCCGUAACCUCUCGAGGCAACUGAACGUGCAAUAUUUGGCUUUCCUGUUUUGAGCUUCAGUUCUCAUUAAUACCUUUAGUUUUUGUGUGAAUUCCGAGAUCAUCUCUGUUUUUUAUCCGGUGAUUUUGGUUGGUUCUUUUAAUGACGAAAACUUCCGAAAGACUGAGUUGUUUCAACUCCAGUACGAAUUCUAAUUUCAUCAGUUUUACUUUAAAAUUUUUCCUGUUUAAAGAUUUUAAACAAUUACAUUUGUAUUGUGACGUAACAAACAGCACACCAAAGCGAGGCUUAGUAUGUUCAAAUUAGCGAGAACAAUGGCUUCAGAUCAAUUCUUAAAAUAUCCCUUGGAGGGCGUGGUUCUAUGAGUAGUAUGUGCAUUAUACUGUACUUUGUCGCUCUUAUAAAUUCUGGACCUGUGCUUUAACUUAAAGACGGUGUUUUUGCCGUUUUAAAGAUGAUAAAUUCCAUGACUAUAAAACUGCAAGUAUUCAGUUAAGGGCGUGACGUCCUAUCCAGAUUUACUCAGGGUAUUGACCUCUAUACCUCUGCCAAAAUUUUUUGCUUUAAUUUUAACACUAAUUCGAACAAUCCCGCAUGUUUUCUGCACCAUUUUCCUGUACUAUUAUGGCAAAUGUGAAAAUGGAUGAUACAGUUCUUUUCAAUUUCUCUUGGCAUCCCCAGAAAGUGAAAACAAUGCUCAUGCAUUUAUUAUUAUUAUUAUUAUGAUUAUUACUAUUAUUAUUAUUAUUAUUAUUAUAUAUUUUUUUUUUGUCGGGGGGGAAUAAAAACAAGGUGUAUUAAGGGCAAUAUAUAGGCAAUAUGAACGUGAUGAUUGUAACCUUGUAAUCACAGAGAAAAUCUUAAUGUUGGUGUAGGAAGUUUGUUGUUGUUGUUGUUUUGUUCUCAUUGAUCGUCUUCUCUCUAAAUACAGCCCACACAGGGAUACACGAGAAAUACAGGACAUAUUUCAAGAUUCCUUAUUUCAUUUUCGUGCGUGAUACCAUCAGCUACUUGGCUCUUCUGGCGCUGCAUUUGGCAAUAUGUUUAGAACCUUCACAACUGUCUUUCAGCGGCCUAGAGUGGACCAUUUUGUGCUUUAUCGUUGGUCGUUUACUUAAUGAAAUCAGGCAAAUCAAGGAUAUUUUGAAGGAAAAGAGAGACUUUGCAGAAAAGCAGAGGGGAAAUACUCGAUUUCUUUUCAAAGCAGCAGGCAUUGGGGUUUUAAAAAAAUAUAUCAGGUGUAGUGUAUAUUACCCGUUUAACUCAGGGUGUAAGGAUUGAACAUAUGGUUAUGAACUAAGUUACUUAGUAGACAUUAUUUGUAAAUUGAAGAUUGUUUUUGUAUAGUGCCAGUUCUCCAAGCCUGAAUUACGUAAUUGUUGUUCAAUUAUUCAUGUAUUUUUAUCCGCUGCCAAAUUAUUUUUGGCAGCGAAUGCAGCGUCCGUGUAUUUUCCACUGAAUAAUAUUGAUAUCGUCCACAUGCAGUCAGCUGUAAGAUUUGCCUUCUUCGUUGUAUUGUAGGUGUUUUUCUUCAUCUUAACCCUCGGAUGUACAAGCAAAUUCAUACCGCCACCGUAGCACAAAGGUACAAAGGUAGAUGGAACCCCUCCCCGGAGUUUUCGAUAUGUUGCAAUAUUUUGAAACGAUUUUACCUUCAGUGGAAAGCCUUUGAUCUUCUUAACAAGAUGAGGUCUAUUUUAUGUGUGGUGGCGCUGCAAGAGGCCUGUGUCGUCACCAACGAUGGUUGCCAUCUUGGCCGCCAUCUUGGAUUUUACCAAGAAAUGGAAAUCAGGUUAAAACAGCCAGAAAUUGUAAUUUUUUUGUGCUUUACAUGAAAAAUAACACAUAAAUAAACACUUUGCACGAUUUUAGCCACAAGAUUUACUUUUAUUGCUGUAAAAAGUUGAAAAAACAUGUAAUUUCACCCAAACUUGGCUUGACCACCUGCUUCUUUACGCCGUCAUAUCUCGUAAACAUAGCAACUGACCAUCACUACACUUGUCUCAAAAUCUGCGGGAGGGAUGAACGAACAGCUACUGAAAACGUCAGGUGCCGAUGUUUCAUCCUCAAGGAAAAAACUCAGAAAAAACCUCAUGGGGGGGGGGGCAUCCACCCCCCCCUGUACGUCCGAGUAUUAAUUUGAAGAAAAACAUAUCAUUUUUGUUCCUCUCUUUACAUCUCUUUCUGUUUAUGUCGUUUUCUCUAGCUUCGUGUUAAAUGGCGUUGGGCCUUAAAAAUAAUCAAAUAAACAUAUAUAUUUGGACAGAGACUGUUAAAAUCAUGCAAUUAUGACACCUUUUUGUCUUUGAUAGGGACCGAUGGAACAUAUUCGACCUCUUCAUCAUUAUUGUAUUUAUGUGUGCGAUAUUGCCGUUGAGAAUUCUCACCUGGGUGGAAUCAGAUUCGAUAACCAACAAUAGGGCUUUGGUGAUGGCUGGUUAUCUAUACGGCUUCAAUACAAUGCUGCUUACUUUCAGAGCUUUUGGAUCAGUUUUAGAGACGUGUCAAGGUGUUGGAACAAUUCAGAUUGCCUUGACUUACAUUGUUAGGGACGGAGUUGUAGUUGUGUUACAUGUUCUGCUGAUAACGGUGGCCUUUGCGAGUACCAUUACCAAGGUGUUUGUGGCCGAAAAAUCAAUGGUCAAGCAAGGCAGCAUCGGAAGGCAGCCGUAAGUGAAGAAUAUUUUUAUUUUGUUUUUACUUCUUUUUCUAUCUAUUCAUUUAUCUAUUUUGAUUGAUUGAUUGAUUGGUUUACCAAUUCAGUUGUCUGGGUUACGUAUUUGGCAGUCAAACUUGUUAAUUGAUGAUUAUCUAGCCUAAAUUUCAUCCGAUUAUUUGGAGUCGUUAUUACUCCCUCAGUAACGUCUGAAUCGACCGGCCGCUAAUGCCGUCCAGUGAUGUCACUACUCCUUUGCUUUAAUUCAGGCAGAAAGUUAAACACGAUUUUCAAGUGGAAAACCAAGAAAUAUCGUUUGGAAAUGUCUGCAUCAAGCAUGAUACAGAAUUGCUUUACUUUUUUCGAUCGUGAUUCAUGUUUAACGUCCAAACUAUCAACUGCAUCCAGUACUCUGAACCGGUUGUUAUUCAAUAAUCAAACUCGGUCGCAAUCACGCAAUGACAUAUAUAACACACGGAACACUUGGUUGAGAAUACAACGAUUUGCUUUAAUUGAAAAGAAGCUAUUUGGUCCUUAACGAAGAAAAUAAAAACAAGGAAACAGAAAAAAAGCUAACAGAAUCAUUACACUUGACAGUGAAAAUAACUAGAGGGUCGAAUUACAAACAUUGGUCUCAGAAACUUCGCAGAAACAAAAUCACUGCCGAAACCACAAAGCGGCUCUAAUUGAAAAACCUACUGACUCUCCGCAAUGAUUCUUCAUUCGCAGUUCUAUUAAGCAUUUCGGUUUCGAAAACGAUCGAGGGCAAUUUUGCUGUUUACGAUAAAGAUUAUCGAAAUGUUUGAACUCCACGCAAGCAUGCCAGGAAUAUGAUCCGAUAAAUUUCAAGCGACAAUCCCAUUAAAAUUUCUGAUAAUUAUGCAUAAUUAUGCAAAUGUUUUGACUAUCAACCAAUUAAAAUCACUUCCCGGAAUUCGGGUAGUGACGUCACUGGACAGCAUUAACGGCUGGUCGAUUCAGACGUUGCUGAGAGGAGAAAACGUCUCGAAGCAAUCAGUUGACAUUCAGGCUAUGAUUAUCAUGUUAGAAACCGCCUUGGAAAAAAGGAAAUAAAGCAUUCCGCUUACGAGUACAAGGAAUUGAAUUUUAUCAGAAACUCAUAACGGGUUGAAACGUGUAGCUCGCGUUCAAUGCUCGUGAAUAUUCUCUUUUACAAUAUUUGGAAACCUUAGUGACAGAUAUCCAUUUUCAACAAAAUGGCUGCCGCGCGAUCACCAUGCAGGUGUUUUAAGACAAGAGUUCUGCAUUUCAGGGUUAAAAUUACACCGUUAAAAGACAAAAAACGGAAAGAGAAAGUUCAAAAAAAUGCUCAGCUUUCUUUUUGUGGAGGAAGGGAAGCUUUUCAUCAAGAAAUCGUCGUUCGAAGAAUUCAACCUUGUUUUCUUCACGAAAUGCAACCAAGGCAGUGACGUUUUUGCUGAAUUUUCAGGUACAUUUUGCACUCUAUGGCCAAGACAAUUACGUUUUUGAAAGGGAAUUACGUUUUAUAAAUUUUUCUCUUCGGCGCUAGAGAAAAAUUACUAAUGUGCCCCGAUUUGAGAUGGAUUUUGUGUUGAAUUUUGCCCUGUGCUCAGCCGAUUUCACUUGCGAGAACGGAUCUACGGUCCAGAUAGUGUUUUCUACAUUGCUUUAAAGGAUUAACUUUUUGGAUAUUAAAUAAAAAUGUUCCAGAAACGGCUUCUCUUUCUAUUGUUGUGAGUUUGUUCAUUCGUAAAAUUAGCUCAAAACACGAUCGUGACUACAACAUCCAAGCUGAAUUUAAGCGUUUAAUGCUUCUCACAUUCAUUACACGCAUCACUUUGUCUUUUUGCGAAGAUGUGAGGUUAAGGUUUUGGAAACUUUUACGCAGCUAAUGAAUUUUAUUCGAAAAUAUUUUUUACUGUUUAUUCUAGACUUUUAAUAUAAGAAUUUUAAAAGCCUAUUUGCAGUAUAAGUUUACUGUGCAGAGGGUCGUGAUCAAUGAGGCAUCGUUUUUUGAAGUGACAACUUCAUGAAGUUGCGAGGACGUCAAUGGGUUUCAUAAUGUUAUAUUUGGCCCGGGUGGUAAGGCAAUAAUAUCCUGCUCAGUGUUUUGUUAGUAAGAUUCAUGGUUUCAACCUUUGAUAGCUUUCUCGGCUUUCGAGAGUUUUUCCCCCGGUUGUCGGGCAUUUUUUUAAGCGGGCGCGGGAACGUGAAGUAAAAUUACGUAACGUUGUUUACGACUUUUGAUUGGUCAGUUAUUUCUUCUUCUCGUUCCAAAUAUGGUACUUUGAAAUUGAAUAAUCACGAGCAUCGGACAAAGCAAACAUAUGGGAGUUACACGUUUCAACCCCUUAUGAGUUUCUGAUUUUAUAUCAUAUAAUAAUAAUUUUUUGUAUUACCACUCCUGACUAUAUUCCGGUAACUAAAAAUUUAGGUUCGUCGUAAGCUUCCAUCAUCUAAAACUUUCUUUUACGUUUCAGUGCUUGCAACGAAACUGGAAUGCAAUGGUGAGUAAAAUAUUAAUAAUAUAUAGAUUUAGCCAGGGCUAAAAGCGAAGCUCUCGUUUAUAAAUUCAUAAUUUAAAUCAAACAAUAAACUUGCAAUCCACAGAUCAGGGCACAUUUAUUUGACUUUUGAGGCGAAGGCUAAGUGAUUUUAGAGAAAAAUAAUUUGCCAGUCCAAGAGUGAAACAAAGUUUACAUCGAGUUAUUAAAUAGUCUUAUUUGUACACCCAAGAUAGCAAUCAUGUUCGAUCACAGUGGAUUAGGCCUGGAAAAAAAAUAGACCUAUUCAUGUAUUGUAAUUGCAUUAGCUGUUGCAUCAUAAUGUGGCAUUCACCAGUCUCUCCAACAUUGCUCCGUUAGAGAGACUAUGGAUAAUUGGACAACCCCGAAAUAUAAUUUUAAGAAACACACGCGCCACGAUAGUCCUUGGUGGCAGCCAAUUUACACGUUGCAUUCCUCUAUCUAAAAGAGAGGCCAAAAUAAAAAAAAAAUCAGACCGGAUUUUUUGUGUUCGACAAGUUUAGUUUACUAGUAAAUCUUGGCGACGAAUCUGGUGGCGUGUAAACCAGCCUUAUAAACAUACUUUUUCUCAUCACGUCUCAGGUAAACAGUACUCUGAGGCCCUUUUUUAUCAUACAGACCUCGGACAGAAUUUUUUUCUUUUUUGCCCUAUUUAAGCCUAUAAUUCGGUAGUUUUUCACAAUUUUGCAAGAGAAUCUGCACUCAUUCAAUAUCCACGACGAUCAAAGCACGCACUUCCUUUGCACAACAAAUUAUAGCAUUGAAUUAUAAAACGUUGUCAUGAAGAGAAUUCUGAGAUAAUGCCGGGACUUUUCAGUUAGAAAAAUCUGGUCCUAUGUGAUAUGCAGGGUAAUAAUUACGGGUUUUAGAUGAAAACGAUAAAAAAAAUUCCCCAAAUCACUUUUCGGCCAGCCGGACGGGUUCUCACUUUUGACAGGCACCAAAUUUGCAGUGCGACUAAUACAGUUACCAUUUACGCUUCAACGUGAUAGAGAAAUUGUUAUGUUUAGGUUUUAUUUCCCUUUAUUUAGUAAACUGUGUAUGGUUUUGUCAUUUGUAAUCUUUAAAAGUGAGUGAUAUUUACGGGCGGCGUUUUGAGUAUUCCUGCAUGCGAUGUUUAUGUUCGACUGGAAACAACCGGUGCAGCGAUAAAAAUUGCGAGAGAGACUACUAACAAUCAAUAAAAUAAACAUAAUUCGGUGAAACAUGUACAGACACAAUAAUUUUCAUUCACGAAGAGAAGUAUUGAGAGUAACGUGUCUCUGAAAAUCAUGAGUCAGGUAAGCAUAAGCUUAUUCAUUUUUUAAACCGGAUCCCGGUGUUUUCUCUUUUUCAAGAUGAACUCGAGGCAAAAAAAUCGCUCAGAGCUUUCUGUUUACAGCCAAAAUCAUAACUAAAUAAUCUUCGGAACCUUUUCUUUGAAUUUGCGGUCAAAAAAUGUAUAAAGGCUUUGUAAACCUGAUACUAUUGUAGGUUAGAUCAUUGCUCGUAUAUAAAUUUAAGCCGCAUAAACCAUACGCUCGACUUCAGGAAACCGAAAAAAAAAAAAAAAAACACAUCAAAGACAAUAAUUGCUCAGGCUUACCAGUCGAGAUGCUGCUUCUGAAGGUGAUCAAGUGUUCCAGAAUCGCUUGAGACUUUUCAACCCUCUUACGCCUCAAGCAAGGGCAAGUGAGUAAGCUCAUUUUUGAAAACGAUGCCAUCCGAAAUCGGAUUUACAAUGACUUUGACAAGCGGUGCAUUUGUGAAAAAAAAGCGCAAUAAACAAACCAGCCAUGAAUUACAGAACAAUCUUGAUAGCACCUGUAUUUCAUUUUGUACACCAAUUAGAAAAAGACAGUUUAAAACAUCACAAGAUGAGACAAAACUUCCGGACAAAACUCUGUCAGCUCCAGCUAUCAGUAAGCAAGUUUCCAGACGCUGUAUAAAUUUUCCCUCGUGAACUCACCUGUCAAAUUUUGACCAAUCAGAACAUAAGAAUUGGACAUAGAGCGUGAUCAACGCGUGAUAGUGAGAAAAGUCAAAAGCGGUUGCCUAACCUGCAUGUACAAGCCGGUUGAAUUUUCGCGUCCGAAGUCAGUUCGAAAUCAACAUUUUAAAAGUGCUGCUCAUGAACACGACUUAUUUCAUAUGCAUUUUAAAAAAAUUGAAGUUGAGCCUGGGAUCAUUUGAAAAGUAUCAACUUGUCAGCGGAUUCCUUCAAAAAAACACUUGAACUCAGUGGGUCGAUACCUGAGCCCGCGAUACGGUCAGGCGAUACUGGUCAGCAGAAACACUAUUUUGACAGCUGUCAAUUAAUCAAAACAUGGAUGUACAAUAUCAGGUUGCAGGCUCCCAAACUAGCUAGAAAGUGGUGGGGACGGACGGAAAGUCGGGUGGUCAAUGUACGGUCACGUGAUUGCCGAAUUCUCUAAGACGGAUAGAUUUUCUAAGCUAUGGGGCUUCGAACUGAGCCAGUGAUGAAAUAGAAUAUCAGCGCAAAACUUUAAACACUACGUCCACUACGUGACCUUAAUGGAUAGGAAAAUGAGCCCGCGAUACACUCACGUGAUGAUGGUCAGCGUAUACACUAGUUUGACAGCUGUCAAUUAAAGUAGAAUGUAGAAUGGCGAAUAUUCGAAUUAACAGACUACGAGUGUGAGUAACACAUUAUUCGUCCGGCAUGUAGCGGAAAAUGCCAGAUCGUGUGCCUGGGCGAACCUGAGCCCACGUCAUUAGUUUUCUGAUAGUGGUCUGCACAUGUCCCCUUUUGACAGCUGUUAAUUGACCUUAAUUUGGCUUACCAAUAUAACUUUAAAUGACUGUCAGCCAACUGACAGCCUUGCCCGGCGUAGUUUCGUUUUUAUGUUGAAUUGCUAAGUGUGACAUAUUAUAUCAGCUUACAUGUAGGGGCAAAACGACUGGCCUUUCAUCUGAGCUCGAGAGAUGGUCAUGUGAUAAUUGUCAGUGGAUGUCUCAUUUUGACAGCUGUCAAUCUAAUCGUCCUCAUAUGGAUGGCUUACAUAACUAAGAGGCUAGUCAAGUUGUGCAAGAUCUAGUGUGACAUUUGACAUCGGCUUACAUGAAGUGUGUGUACGGGUGGGCGUACGCUACGUCAUAACCAAAUUUUCUCGGAUGGAUAGUUUACCAAAUUUUCUUACCCAUGGUGCUCCGCUUCGCGCGCGCGAGAGCUCCGCUAUAAACAUUUAGCCAAGGCCAAAUCUGAGCCUGGAUCGCUUAAAUACCAUAACUGGUCAACAGAGAACUUUAAAAAAAAACACGUCACCUUAAUAAGUUCUACAUCUGAGCCAGCGAUACAGUCAGGUGACACUGGUCAGUGGAUACCCAUAACACGCCUGUCAAUUGAUCAUAACAUGGAUGUCCAGUAUCAAGUUGACACAAUUUGUCUAUGCUUUGAAGUCUUAACCCACGGACGUACAAGGGGUAGGGGGGGGUGGAUGCCACCUCCACAAGGUUUUUCUGAUUUUUUUUCCUAGAGAAUAAAGCAUCAGUACCUGACGUUUUCAGUAGCUGUUCAUUUCUCCCUCGCACACAUUUUGAGAUAAGUUUAGUGAUGGUCAGUUGCUAUGAUUACGAGAUAUGACGUCAUAAACAUCAGGUGGUUAAACUAAUUUGGGUGAAAAUACAUGUUUUUUCAACUUCUUUCAACAAUAAAAGUAAAUCUUGUGGCUAAAUCGUGCAGAGUGCUUAUUUUUGUGUUAUUUUUUAUGUAAAGCACAAAAAAAUUACCCUUUCUUGAGGUUUUAACCUGAUUUCUAAUUCUUGAAAAAAUCCAAGAUGGCGACCAUUGUUGGUGACAUGACAGGCCUCCAGCAGCGCCACCACCUCUAAAAUAUACUUCCUCUUGUUGAGAAGAUCAAAGACUUUCCACUAAGGGUAAGAUGUUUCAAAAUACUGCAACAUAUCAAAAACUCCGUACAGGGGUCCCACCCACCCCCGCAUCCUUUGUACCACGGUGGGGGUAUGAAUUUGUGUGUACGUCCGAGGGUUAAACUAGUAAAACAUUUCACAUCCGCCAACAUGAAGAGGGAAAUGUUGACGGACAAUUCUGUCCGAACCAAAAUUUCUUGGAUGCAUAGAUAACCAAAUUUUCUUACCCAUGGCGCUCCGCUAUCAAAGCCAAUCAAAGCCAAUCAAAAUGCUCCAUCAGACUGGAGUCAACAUUGUAAAUUAGCUUAUAGUUUUUACUGAUCCCUGCAAAUUUAGGUGAAACAUUUUUAUGAACAUCUCCUAUUUCUCCUUGGCGAGAUUGUUUGCGUAUCAAAAAACUUCUCUUCAUCCCUAUGUUAUUGAAUGGUUUUGAUCUAGUUGUCUCUUGUUGAUGACGUGACAAUAAAAACGGGCAAUAGAUGGCUUUCACAGUGACGUCAUCAUAUUGUAAAGUCAAAAUAGCGAGAUUUUACGAAUUCUUAUUUACACCAAGUUAAAGGUAAACAAAAAGUAAAUCUUUGCACGAGAUUUCAUUCCCGUAGCAUGUUUCAGUUCGGAAAUACAGCUAUUUGAACUUCCGAGUCUUCACAGUGCGUGACACCAAAAUAGGAAUGCUGUCUCCUUGAAAAAAGUAUCUCCUCUUGAUUUUCAGCGGUAUAACCAUUCCAAGUAUUAGAAGAUAUUUUUAUGCGCACGUAUGCUAGUUCUCGAGUGAAAAGAAAGAGCUUUUAUAGAGAAAGUGUACUCCACAUGUUGUUGUUGAUUUUCGGCGUCCAAAUUGGUGCACCAAAACUGUGCACCAAUAUGGCGUCUCCAUACAAAGCUCUACAAAGGUGCGUGAAACGUUUCGGCAAAUAACUCAGGAACUGUGGGCACAAAGACCUAAGACUCGGAAAAAUUGUUUAAGAAUGAGUCUUUUAUAACAUUUCAUUUUCUUGGCUUUUCCCGCGUAACAGUUAAAACGAUCUAUAGUUCAUAUAAAACAAAAUUUCUUGCCUUCGUGUACUUUCCGGUUAUAAUAAUCCUGGUCAUAAUUAACUGGCACCGUUUAUAUUGUGUAGCUCCAGAAAACAUCCAUUUGAGUUGUCUUCUUGCUGUUCUUGCCAUGCAUUUAGCUAAUAUUUCGCCUAGUUCUUACACUUGAAACGAGUGAAAUGUCCGCCAAUUUUCUUUUCAGAACCAAAACAACUCAACCUCGUCCCCAGGUCCUCUCGGUGAACGGUGCAUUAACCUGCAAGAAGGCUGCACUUUUGACGUCAUCGGUUCAUAAACGCAAAACUCUUCCAAAUUUUAAUUUGGUCAUCAGUAGCUGGUUAUGGUGAAUUAUGCGUGUGCUUUUAGCCAAUCAGAAUCGAGGAAAUAUUUUGAAUGAAUAAUAAUACUUGUUUUGAAACACAGGUAACAUUAAAUAACUGAUAGGUUGCUCAACAGAAAAGCUGUUAUCUAAAAUCUCCUCUCCCCUAGCCCCUUAGGAAGGCAUGAUACUCAGGCUAAGCUUUUAUUUAUUAAUAACUCAUGUGCCAAUCUUACUCAGACCACCUGAGAAAAAAAAAUUGAAAAAAACCUGUAAACAAACCCCCACCUUCUCGGAAAUUGCCUCCUUUUGAACCCCCCUCACCCCGGAAUUUCCGUUGCCCUCCGUGUCGGGGCGGGGGGAGAGGAAAUUUUCUGGAACUACACGUUACCAGAAAAAGACGAAAUAUAUUGCUUCAUUAAUUUGUUCUGCAAUUUUAUUUAUUUAUUUUCACAAUUUGUUUUCCUCUAGCUGGUGGAAGAUAACUACACAUCUUACCUGGUCUUUGCUUGAUUUAUCAGAAGAACUGACUCCCCUUAAAUCAGCUGAUUACUUGUCAGAAACACUUGCUCAUCUUUUAUAUGCUGGUUAUCUUGUUUUGGCCCUAAUCUUGCUGAUUAACAUGCUUAUCGCGUUGCUCUCCAACACUUACCAGCGGGUGCAGGUACGUAUACAGCUUUUGAAGGGAUAUUUUCCCGCUUACUUAAUCAAUCUAAUUAUUCUCGUCUCCUAGAGAUCCCAAAGGGUCCUCCCAAUUGGAUUGUCUAUUUUACGUAGUUGUUGUUUUUGGUUAAUUGUUAUUUUGACGUUUAUCCGGCUAGCGGUUAAUUUCCUUUCUGGUUAACAAUUUUUUGUUUUCUCUCUUUCACUGUUUCAAGAGUUUAAAUACUUAGAGAAUCUUAAGGAAAAUGAAAACAUUUUUUAUUCUUUUUGAGAAUAAAAUUUACUCAAGAUUGUAUUUAUCUCUCAAUCUAGACAGUCUCCGAUGUCGUGUCAGGGUUCAUUUUGCAAAUUUUCUCUCAGAGACACAAGUUGUAGUAAAGGCUUGGAUAAUAGCAAACUUCCCCUGAGAUCUGUAUCGUUUCAAUGCAUUAUAAAAGGGUCAAAUCUUUAGUAGAUAGUCUUUCUAAUACUCGUACAUACGAGGAAAAAAUGACAACGCCUUGAAGAUCGGGUAAGCGAAAAAGAGAAGAGGUUACGGUUGUUUGUGGUCGCACAGGACUGCACCUAACUGGACGAUCAUGUCCUACUUACAUGUACUGCGCAUGACUCCUGGGUUCAAACUAUUCACGCACUCGAGAUAAUGCCACGCUUUUUUUAAUUUUUGGCUACUAUUCUAGCUUAAACAUUUUAUGCUCAUUUUGCUCCGUAGGAUAACUCACGAAACGAGUGGGUGUUUCAAAAAGCAAUUACCGUUCAAACAUAUCGCAACUAUAGCCCCAUUCCUGUUCCACUGAAUAUCGUGCCUGCUCUUGGCGAGUGGAUAUACGGCUAUUGUGAAAGGAAAGCGGGGGAGAGACCUCAGUCGUUCAAACCUCAAAAACCUCAAGUAAGUCGGUAGUUAUUAUAAAAAUACAUCUAGCCAUUCUUUGAAAACGAAACUAACGAAAUUUGCAGCCACUUGAGUGAAAAAGCUGUGAAAGCUGUGGCAGGUUUUUUCGCGCCCAAAAGGCUCGAAAAUCACACCAGCCAAGGAUCGAUGAGAAAGGGAGAAAAGGAUAAAGCUAGGAGGAAGAAGGGGAUAAGCACUUUGGCCGAAAAAAAAAAAAAAGAAAGAAAGAAAAUGUUCGACGAAAGACCUCUAUUCGGCUAGAUAUACAUCUAUGUUAUUGUUUGCUGAAGAUCUUCUUGCCCCGUCAUCAACUCACACAAACAAGCAAUUCUUUUAGCUUUUUUUUUUUUUUGUCUACUCUUCGAUUCAUCUUCAUCAAUAACGAUUUCGUAAAACAUAAGCAAGCGAAUAUUAACGUUAAAAGCCGACGUUUCGGUAUCAUCAUGACACCAUUCUCAAGGCAAAAUGAAUAAGUAAUGCAAAGAUUUGAUUUCUAUAGUCUCUACAAAUUAGCAUAUUAACAAAGGAUCACAAGUUCUUCAAGGGAAUACCUUUGCGCGAAUCGAGUCCGCCUGCACGUUUUGAGUUUUCUUGUAAAGAGCAUCUCCUUAAUUAGGCAAAUUGAACUACUCAACGCAGCCAAUAAGAACCAACUCUUUCAGUUUAAUGGAAAUCUUUAUGAGCAAACAGAUGGCUUCGCAAUGGGAUCUCCUCUUGGUCCUCUGCUCACCAAUGUCUUUAUGUGCUCCAUUAAAGAUAAACUCGAUCAAGAUGGCAAAUUGCCUCCUAUUAACGACGAUAUGUGGAUGACACAUUUACCAUCAUGCCUGAUAUAGCAUCAGCCGAAAUUUUUCUUGAUACCCUAAACCACUGCCACCCAUCAGCAAAGUUUACUAUGGAAGUUGAACGGAAUGCCUCGCUUCCUUUCAUCGGUGUUGAACUGUUAAACUUAGCCCCCAGAAUCAAGACCACGUUCUACGUAAAACCAACUAAUACGAGCCUUUUACUCCACUACCAGAGCUACGUGGAUAAUCGGUACAAGCGCAGUCUAAUUACCACCAUGUUAGAUCGAGCUUACCGCAUAUCUUCCGACUGGUCGUACUUCUCACAAGAAUGCGAUCGACUUGAGACUGUAUUCUUAAAGCUUUAGUACCCGAGGCACCUAUUCAAUGAGGCUGUCAAACAAUUCGUGGAUUCCAAGGUAGCAUACGAGCAGCAAAUUCCGUCAACCGACAAAACUCCAGCCCCCAUCCGAGUUGUGAUACCAUUUAAAGAUCAGGUCUCUGCUAAUAUAGUGAAAAAACGUCUCACAGACCUCAGCUUAAAAAUCAAGACCACUAUUCAGCCCGUGUUCAUCAGCAGAAAACUCAACGAAGACCUUAAAUUUCGAGAAGUCAGGCCAGCCAUUGUUAACCAACAAUGUUUAGUUUAUCAAUUUCAAUGUAACCUGUGCGAUGCAGGAUGUGUUGGUUAUACUCGCGGCCACCUUCACGAACGCGUUGAUGGACACAAACAGAAAUCGUCGUCAAUUUGUAAACAUUAUCUUAGCGAACAUAACUCGGACGUACCACCUUUUCUUUCAGAACAAUUUCACGUGCUCACUAAAGGUUCUAACAAAUUUGAUUGCCUAAUUAAGGAGAUGCUCUUUAUAAGAAAACUCAAACCAUCCCUAAACGUGCUGGCGGACUCGAUUCGAGCAAAGGUAUUCACUUGAAGAACUUGUGAUCCUUUGUUAUUAUGCUAAUAUGUAGAGACUAUAGAAAUCAAAUCUUCGCUUUACUUAUUCAUUUUGCCUUGAGAAUGGUGUCAUGAUGAUGCCGAAACGUCGGCUUUUAACGUUAAUAUUCGCUCGAUUCAAUUUAUUCUGGAAAUUGCCUUUUAUGGCAACAGUUGUACAAAAAUAUUUCUUUCACACCGGUCAGUCAACUAAAUCUUUCUGACCAACAACUGUCGGAUUACUAGACGUCUCGUCAAUUGGUGUAAACGUCGCAACUAACGUUUCCGAUUAUUCAAAGAAACUUCGGGUCGGCCUGGGAUGUUGUUACCUAGAACAAAACAGCUCUUGUUGUAAGCCUGAUGGGCAAAUUUAGAUCGGUACAGUAGACCAUUUCUUGAUACGUAGUGGACAAUUUGUUUUGCUUAUUAGUAAAAAAACAUCAUUCGUUCCUCUGAUUAGUUAGAGCUCAUUUUCGUAGCAAAAGUCUACGACACAGCUUUUUAGGGUGUAUAUCUCGGCAUGUACAUUUAGUGCGUAACAAAUAUUAUGUAAACACGAGGGAAAUAGUGAGUUUACGCAACAGGACGGGAGGAAGAAGAGGACGGCAAAACGCUUGUGUGUGACAAAUGUGACAGGUCUCUACUGGCAAGUUUCCUCUUGAUCUUCACUUAACAUUAAUGUUUUCUGGUUUUUCACAAAAAGAUUUCUUUAAAGGAAGGCGAAGUUUGGGAGAAAGUUUUUAUUUUUCAAACAAAAUUAUUGCGACGCUUGUCACACAAGGUUUGCCCUCCUCUUUUCUCUUCUGUCGUGUUGCUUAACUUCACUAUCACUGGUACUGAGAGGGAAUCUUAGGCCGUUAGCCAAGAUCUGUAAAUUCCUCUUAAGUUAUAGAGGUUGUAAUUAAAGGAAGUGUAAUUCCUGAGACGUCCACACAUUUUAAUCGAUUGUUUGAAACGUCAUAUCAAGUCCACGCGCAACUGUCUCAAGGCAAACAGUGCAGAAUGUUAUACUAGUGGCUAUUGAACUGCCUCUUGACAACACCGAAAGCAAGUUUAAGGACCUUUUCGGAGACCAACUUCCGAUUACUUUCAAGCGUUUAAUUGGUCUAAAAAUAAGUAUAAUGAAAUUCACACAUCUCAAGGGCUAGACUGGGCGUUUCCUUCUCAGUCCCAUUGUUUUCUCUUGGUAAUCAACGAUAUUUUUCGCUUUCAGCCCAAGCUAGAUGUUACGUAUCUUCUGGACAGAUACAGGCUCAAAUACGGAGAUUCCUUUCCUCCCACAAGUGAGUAUACGCUAUACAAAUUGUCCCAAUAAAUUGACUACGCAGAUCGACAGCAAGCGUCAUUGGUAGUGACGUUUGAGGAGAAAAUCAAACGCUACCAGCCAGGCAGCUUCGUUUCUUUUAACAAUGACUUGUUGUCCAGUUGAAUCAAUUUUUGAGACGUCGCUUAGCUUAACAUGGCUUCAUGACUCCGGCCGUUAGAAAUAUUGUACAACAGGUCACAAAUCAGGUAGACUUUGCUGUCACCCUUCUUCCUAACAGUUAAUUACUCGACUAUUUCGUUUCACCAAGUCUACUGUGUUGUAGAGCACUGCUAAACAGAACUCCGCGUUGCCAUCUUGUUUGACGUCAUUCGUCUAAUAUUGUUUUAUUACUGGAAAAAUAACCAAAAUUGUUCAAAUUUGAUCAGCGUUAAUCAUCGUUUGGAUUUGAGCCUAUUAGAGACGAAGAAAAAGUGGGAUCGUUGUUAAUUGUCAAAAAGACGUUUGUACAAAAAAAAUCUAAAGAGACGAGUGACUUUUGCCUAGCUAGUUUUGUGCAUAUCGCAUCACUCUCAAAAUUGUCACAUUUGUGCCAACACGAAUGGACUGCUAUGUUGGCUUUUUCGGGCUUUCCCGAUGAAUAUUUGUCGGCAAUGGUAUAACUCCUUGUUUUUUUUUCAUGAUAGUUAAGCCUAUAAAAUCUCUUGUAGCACUAUCUAAUUGCAUAGUUUUUAAUAACUGAUACUGGUACACUCCCGCAGAUAUACUCGAACAGGUACUGGACGACGUCGAGAAUACCGAAGGCAUGGUCAAUCAAGUUCUUUACAAAUCCUUUACAAAGAAACAAGUUUCUAAUAAAGCCCUUCUUCCCGUGGGUCAAGAGGUACUUAAAACAAUGAUAUGUAGAGGGGAAGUAUGGGUACAUCAUUUAAUCAGUAGAGGUAGCCUUGUAUGGCCUACAGUUAGAUCUAGAUGAAACUGCAUUAAAUAAGUGUUCCCAAAGGGAAAUCUCCAUAUUUUUCUCAACUGGAAGAACGCAGUUGGAUGAGGACCGAGAUGGCUAGUAUCAUGCCAAAAGCUUACACCCUGGCCGGAACAAAACGAGGUCUUUAAAACCCUUUAAGACCUGAAUUUAUUUUACGCACAUUUUAAGAUUUAGGGCUAGUAUUGUUAAAUGUACUGUAUCUUCAUAAAAUUUAGAUAUGUGGUAGAAAAGACUUGGGACUAUUUGCCAAGCAACUUUCUAUUAAUAGGUAACUAAUAAAUAAUAAUUAACAGGGCCGAGUUGUUCAAAGCUGGGUUAAGAUAACCCAGGGUCGGUGUGAAAUUUGAAUUCAGAAAUAAAAGCUUAGAAAGUAAUUUCAGUUUUAUUCUUUUUGUCAACAAGUUGAUGAUUGGAUGCUCUUAAAAAUAACAGAGAAAAUUAUCCGAGAAAAUGCUUUUGAACAAAAGAAAUAGAAACCCGUGUUAAAUUUAACCCUGGGUUAAGCGCUAAUCGGCCUUCGAACAACUGGGCCCAGGUUGUUAAAUAUUAAGUUCAUGUCACACAACAAAUUCACUUUAAUUGUUUUCAGUGUUCUGAACUUUUAAUUUGGUCAUGAAAAUUACUGCAGGAGUCCAAAUUUAGAGCAAAUUUACUGAGGAUUAUUUUCAUACCCCAUUUGCCUACAUUUGAUACUAUCAAGGUUAUAUCCUGUCCACAAUAUACAGCAUGGUUGGAUGAUACACCUUCGUAAGCCCAACCAUAUUAAUUGAAAGUGACAACUUCUCGAUCGCUUUCUUCCAACAGCUAAACAUAGACAUCCAAACACAUGUUUUGUGGCCUUCCAGGAUGAAGAAAAUCUUUAUCACUGUUGAAAUCGUCAAUGUGUAUGUCCCGAAGACUGAUAGCCAGCGAGCAAGCUCUCCUAUUUGGGCGAGCGAAGCGAGUCUCGCGAGAACGCGCGAGUGAGCGAAAAAUCCGCGAGGGGCAGAGGAAAGGAGAGUUUGCAACGAUCUCUUAUAAAAUUUCAUUCGUACUUCGGCCAGACGAAGGGAAAUACAAUUGGUUGAAAAUCGACGUUCCGGAAAACAAAGUUGAUUGAUAACAGGCCAGGCUGGCACCCCCUUCGUCUGUGUGUCAAGUUUGAUUCUCAGGGGGAUCAGAUUGGUACCGAGAACUUGUUUCAGCCCUCAAAGCAGACGAGGGGGCUCGUUUGAUUUAGUUUCGCAAAGAGAAUAUUGCGAGCCGAGGAUAAGUCGAUCCGAGUUUAUAGUUCUUGUGGAAAGAAAAUUAAAACCCUUCUUCAGUUGUAUUUGUUUGUGUAAAGCGUCUUAUUUAAUUCUGAAAACGAGAAGAGUGAAAGUGAAGAGGGAUUCAAGCGCCCGGUUCCACAGUAGCCCAAUCUCGAAAUAUGAGCAUCGGCGAACAUCGGCAUUGUGGUGUAACAUUCGAAAUAUAAGGAUUUGUAUGAGGAAAACCUAUCCUUUCUGUAACCUGCGAAAAUGAAAGGAUUUCAAUAAAAAAAAAAACAGCUUACCUUACAUGAAAUGCGUGUUGCGUCUCUCCUGUGUGGUUCAUACUGUAAACGGUUUUCUCUCUAUAUAUUGGGGAUUCCAGCGAAGGAAAACGGUUGUAAAUUCGCUCCAACGGCUCCAAUCGCCUCCAAGUUCGGCCUAGGUAAUACAUGAUAGUCCUCCUUUACAUUCGUUAUCUUGCUUCAAGAUCCCUUUGCACCAAGAGCGAAUCAAAGGUCGCAAAUCCCUGCAGCCUUUCCCGUCUAAAGCCAUAAAUUAUUUCCCCAUGUUCCAUGGGAAUUUCAUGGUUCAUGAAUAUCGAAUUCGGAACGUUUGUGAAUUUAAUGGACCAUGAAAAAUAUUUAAUGACCCAUGAAAUGCAACUUUUUGGUGGCCCUAAAAUUUCAAGGCCAUGAAAAACGUUUUUCAUGGUGACGAAAAAAAUUCAUGGCCAUGAAAAACUUUUUCCAUGGUGGCGAAAAAAUUUCAUGGCCACGAAAAACUUUUUUCAUGGGUUGUGAAAAAGACAGUUAUAUAAUUCAUUGAAACUUUAUGGCCAUAAAUCAAGGCCAUGAAAUUGACAAUUGCUACAUUCAUGACCAUGAAAAAUGAUUCACGGGUUUUCCCUGAACAUUUUAUGAGAUUUUCAUUGAACUCAUGUUGGUAGUGAUAAGAAAGUUCUCCAUCAGUUUCCAAGGUCCUAAAUUUUUUAAGUCUCUUAGUUCUGAAAUUCGAAAUGCAACAAGUACCGCUUCCUUUUGCUGUAAGCUGAAAGCAUUCCUCUUAUCAUAAAUAGUAACUUGCUUUGCUUUGUACAUUUACCUUUAGUAUAUACACACUCAGUGAUGUUGGUGAUUUUGAGCAAUAUGAUUGGUUCGCUAUCUUGGACUAUUCAACAAUAUUCACCUCCUAGCGAGUGGAUAAUGUGUGAGCUCGGUGUUUUGUUUUGUGCUCGAUGGAUUGUUUACAACUCCCGUGUAUUCGCGUAGAACAAGCCGUCUGGUGAAAAACUCAGCGUUUUCUAACAAGAAAAUUUUGGCUCAAAAAUGGAAGUGUAUUUAUGACAAAGUUAAAAGGAAAUGUUUGCAGAAAUUCUAAGUUUCAAGUAAACAAGAAAAAGAAUGAUACAGGAAGACGACGUCUUACCUCGAGCAACCGAGCCGCCAUUUUUGUCAGCACUUCAUGCGAAGAACGACACAACAAACCCUCUGGGCUAUAAACUUGGCGAGUCAACAGAAAACAACAAAGCUCUACUUUUCUUCUCAGGUAUGGAAACAGUUCAAAAUUUUAGCGGUUCCAUUUAAGCCAUUACGCUGUUGUUUGCGAAAUGAUAAACUUGUGAAUUGCCAUGUUUGAAAAUUCUGCAAAGAUCUAUUUUUAAAGUUACGCGUGAUUUCAUCUGUCAAUCAAAUCGUACUUUUUAAUGGUUUCCUCUCUGAUUUUGUUGAGAUCACUUCGCGUGUAUAUACUAAAGCAAUUAUUCUUUUAAAUCUCGGUGAAUAGUGGCUUUGGGAAUAUUUUGCCACUAUUCACCUCGAUUUCAAAGAAUAAUUGUUAAAUGGCAAACAAAACAAUAAACAAUAAACAAUGCUCGCCGAUGCUCAUAUUUCGAGCUUGGGCAACCUCUGCCGGUUCAAGCGCUGCCUUCCAACGUCGUGUUCUUCGCCCGAUUGAAUUCCACUGAGAAGAAAAAAUUCAGAAACAUGUACUUGACAGUGUAGCUGUGUAGCUUGACAAGAAAGAGUUGGUAGCAACUGGAGUACAACUUAAGAGAACCUAGUCCAGGAAAACGCUAUUCUUCAGUUCCGUAACCGACAAAAAUAUAAUUUUUUUGUUGGUGAUUGCGACGGGGUGUAGUCUUCUACACUGCAGUAUAGACGAGUUUUCAAUACUAAACCGGCAAAACGAGAAUCAAAGUAUUGAGUUCUUAUCCGAGCACGUUGAAGUUCGAUGUUCCCGUGGAAAAAAAGCAUAUCAGUGAUUAAAAACAUUGCUUUGAUGCUGUUGCGAAAGCGAUUUAUAAAUAAAUAAUUCUACGCUCCCUCGGCUGUCUCAACUUGACAGAAGGUUGUAACUUUUCUAAUCGGGACGUUUGCGGCGACCGUUUUCAUGCUUUGAGGAGUCCCGGGGUUUCCGGGGUGGAAACGAAAAUUUAUGAGAGAUCCUCUGCCCCUCGCGGCUUCGCCCCUCAAUCGCGCGUUCUCGCGAGCCUUGCUUCGCUCGCCCAAAUUGGAGAGCUUGCUCGCAGGCUAGGAGACUGAGUUUUUCCUCGUCUUCUUCUCCCUGGUUUGAAGAAAUUUUAUUACUCUCAUCCUCACUAUCUUCUUCGGUUUUCUUCGAAGCUUUCGAUAUUCGAAACAUGCAACCAUCGGGUAUAUCGAAGUUUUCAUCCAAAAUAAUCAAAAACAUUGUUCAAAUUAUAGCGUGUCCUAUGCUCAGAGAUCCUGCCGAACAAAAAUUAAGCUUACUCUUGCUGUAACCGAGAUAUAAAAUUCGACAAAAUGUCGCAGAAACAGGUUUAACAUAGCCCAAAAUGGCGUACAAACAAUCUACUAGGCGUUGCAAAGAAGGGGGUCUGAAAACUAAGUUUGGAAAACUGCUGCUCAAAUUACUGUGGACCAUAUCAGAUCGUACAAAUUUGUACGCUUCGGUCUUUGGCGGUGGAUUGGAUCAAUUUUGUUACGUAUGGAACGAUGCACACUAUGCAUUUCUGGACCCUUUAAUUCAUGCUUUAUGCAGCGAAUUCAGCAAAUCUAAUUUUCCCCUAUCCCCUUGCUAAUUGGCGGAAACUGGUCAAAAAGCCUUUUUCUUCGCUUAACGUUAAAAACCGUCGCCAAAAGGCCUAAAUAACUGAGGUAAAAGUGCAAUCAGACUAGCCUUUGUAAUGACACUUUUUAAAUGUUCAGACUUUCUAGUCUUUCGGUUAAAGACGUUAAAAUGCAAGCCCUAACGUUGUGGAACGUCAGCCCACGCAGUGUUGUAAUGAGCUGGGAGCGUAGUAUCCAGUAUGGUAGUCUAUCUUUCCCAGCAUUUGGUCGGCCAGGCUGGAUUAGCUUCUAGGGCUUCUAAGAGAAUAGGACUAUAACACACAUACAGCCAGAAGUCAGGUUAUUUGAUUGGUGCCGGAGCCCUUACUCAGGAAACUUUACGUAAAUUUACAAUAUUUUAUAACUUUCUUGACUUAAAAGUAACCUAAUUCUUUAUUAUCUACUUAUUGUCAUAAUGAAAUAAAACACAGGAGUUUUAAGAGGAUGGCGUUUCUGUUACCUUCACAGGCGUGGGAAGCCCAUGAAGCCAUACUGGUAGACGGUUAUCUUAUAACACGUCAGCCAUAUGUACGCAAAUUCUAUCGGUGUGGCGCUAGAUACAAGGAACCCUUUUCCAGCGAUUUUCCACAUUUCGAGGUAUGAAAUUAACCAUUUCCAUUAUGAAACCAUUUUCUUGAUACAGCCAACAAAAUCCUUUAAGGGCCUCUUUAUAUGGAGGCCGGGGGACUCUAGGUAGGUGAGGUAACACGCCUGUCCAUAUAAAUAAAAUUGCUCAGUUUAAUUUUAUCAAGUUUACGUGAUGGGUGGGGUGAUCCGCCGACGCGGAAUGCCAGGUCUGAGAGACCUAUCAACGUUGAAAUGUUGCUCAGAAGCGAAAUGAUAAUUUGUUUUCAAGGUGAUGAUUCUGGAAAGCGGGGAGACACGAUGGCUGGGAAUGGGAGUGGUGUUCGACGAUUACGGCACGGACUUGAUGCCUGGAUGGAGGAAAGGAACAGUUGGAUAUCACACAGAUGAUAGGAAAAUUUUUGAUGCACAAAAUAAUCCUGUAGGGAAAAAGACUAUAGGUUUGUAAUCUGGACUUCUGAUUAACGAACGCUUAGUAUUCACUGGAAAAUGUAUUUGUUGGCUGCAUGACUUAGUCCGUAAGGGUGUAACUUGGAAGGCCUUCUGAAAACAAUAAGAAAGUUGCUGUUGCUGUUUUAUUGACGAAUCCGAUGAAAUUUUAUGACGGGCGUUUUAUUUCCCUUAGACCUGGCCUUGGGCCUGGGAAGGAGGCUUGAGGUCUGGUGUUUGCGAAUUAAGUCGCAGUCGAAGUUAUUCGCGUCGUAGUAUUCCAAUGUUUAUUUUUUUGCUUAAACAUUAUUCUAAAUCUAAAAUGUGUUUACUUUUGUUAUAUCUAGUCAUAAUCCUCAUUCUAGGAACCUGACGCCAGAAAGCUAAAAGUAAGCGUAUAGUUUCAUUACAUAACCCACGCGACAGGUUUUUACUGAAAAAAAGUUAUCAGAAGUACUGUUACGAUUGCCUAUUACAUUAGCCCCAUUUUUAACCCUCCGAUGGUAGGGAUAAAAGAUAGAGAUGGUAAGGACGUUUUUUUUUUCCUUCAUAAGGCUCGACAGCAGCUCGGCGAGGUGACGUCAUUCGUUGCACUGUCAUGUUUGAACACAAGCUACAUGUAGAUGGACAAACUCGAGUUCCUGUUAUUUUUAGUGUAAACGGAAGCAGGAUAGUACCCAAGGAUGGGAAGCCAUCUUACAUUGAAUACAGCAUGGACAGACCACUGUAUCCUUACCUGGCCUUUCACUACGAAAACAGCGUUUUGGCUAAGGUAAUAUAACCAUGACAGACAGGUUAUUUUUCACAGGGAAGGAAUCUAUAACUAAAUUGUCGUUAUCAAACCAGUUUACUCAGGGGUGUACUACUCCCACAAAUAAAGAUUUCUGGGUGAAAAAAAAAAAAAGAACAAAACGAAACAAAACAAAAGAGAUCUCUUUCGAUAAUGUCUAAUUUACAAGAUCGUGUACCCAGUGAACGAGCUCUCUAGUGGGGGAAAGGGGAUGGUAAGGGGAGGAGUAGGCAGGAGCACGCUAAGUCAUGGCGGGUGGGUGUGUCCCGAGGUGUAGGAGGUGAAACCUUUGACCAGGCUUAACACCGCACUGUACUCUCGGGCUCUACACUCGCAGACUGCGCGCAAAACAAUGACGGUUGAACGUAUCGUGGUAGGAACACAGUAAUUUUCAAGGAGUUAUGAUAACUUCUCUAGUGGAGUUAAUUUAACUCCUUACCGUGGAGUUUUUUUGGGGGGAGUUACGUUGACUCCAAAAAGGAGUUUAAAGAACUCUUUUUCAGGAGUAAAAGUGACCCCAGAUAUUGAGGAGUUAAAAUAACCCCCAAAAGGAGUUAUCCUGUACCUAAAACUUUUACUCCACUUUCAGAGUUAAAAUAAACUCCAAAAAGAGUGAAAAACAACCCAUGUAAGGAGUAAAUAUAACCCCAUUUCGGAGUUAUUUCAACUCCAGACUAGGAGAAAAAAGAACUGUUUUUCAAAAGUAAAAAUGACCCCAAAUUCGGAGUUAAAUUGGGAGUUAAAGAUCAUCCUUUACCUAAAAUGAUUACUCCACUUUCAGAGUUAUAAUAACUUCCUAAAAAUUACGGUGCACUCAAAAAUACGAAAGGCGGCUGUGAUCACAGGUUGAUAGUUUCUUUACUGCGAACGUUUGACUGUAUUUUGGUUAAGGUUGUUUUUCUUUAUAUUUGCCUCAGAUGUGUGCAAGGGAAGACAUUGAUUUUCACGGCCAGGAGUUAACAUCGCACAUCACCGAAGUAGAAUCCGAACUUCAAAUGAAGUUAGAAUGCGUAGAGAGAAACCUUGAAACAAAGUUAGAAUGCGUGCAGAGUAAACUUGAUGCUCUGCUGGAGAAGUUAGGUGAAGGCGAAAGGAAUAAAUGACGUUCAUUUUCAAAAGGAGUCGCAGAGAAGAAAGCGUCGUGAGCAAAAGUAUGGGGAAAAAACGACGGUUUUUGCGUGUUUGAUGGAAGCUCAGUUCAAUAACAAAAGAACUGGUAAUGUGCUCUUUAGAAGCAUACUGUGUGAAUAAACAACAUAAAACUCCCACCUUCGUAGUAGAAGGGGAAACCUUCCUUAUGUUAUAAGUAGGGUUAUGCAAAUUUUUAAUCGCUUUUAGGUAGGUUUUUGAAGACGUCUACAAGGAGAAGAACGCUAGUGUGGAAUUGCGAUAUCUCUGUAAAUUGAUAUUACUUUGUAUUCCUGCAAAAAUCCCGUUUUUCCAAAAAGUGUAGACUAAACGUUUCGAAUGCUUGAGUUUUAGAAUAUAUCGUAGAUGAAUACAUGUCAGUUAAUACACUUGGUAGUCUUUUUUUUACUUGGCUUAAAAAGGCUUGACCUUCUUUUACCUGUAAAGGCAUAUUUCGCAUUAACGGAAGUCUUCUUAAAAGAAAAAAAAAAAUAGGGAAACCGUUUUGGAUGGAAUUUCCACCGUCCGCCUGCCAUGAACCUCAGAGGGUUUAACGGCAUUUGGUUACUUUUUACGUUCAAGUGCAGUAAAAUAGAGCAUGGCUAAUUUUUAGCACAGUAAGUUGUAGUGCAGUAGGUUGCAUUAUAGUACAGUUGCAGUACAGUACGGUGCUGCGCACAAAAUUAAAACGACAAUUGUCUUGAGGGAUUGGUGUAUCUGGAUAUAAUUAGGAGAUAGCAUACGUGUCAGCUUGAGGUACGGGCAUUUAAUAAUUAAUUCCUUUAAAGUAGGUUGCAUUUAGAGUAAUUAUGGUUAUAACGAAACUCAGUAGUGCCAAGUUUAUUAUAUUAUCGCAGAUGCCCUGCAACACCUAGAACGUAGAUUUUGCUGUAUAAGUGGGGAAGAAAAACAAACUUUUUUCAAGGAAGAUAUUUAAAACGGCUUCUGCUGCACUUAACCGAAUAACUUAAAGUAACGAAUACAUUCAUAUAGACAAACGUGUUUUUCACCUAAUAAUUUCGAAGGCAAUUCACUAUACCUUAGAGAUAGUGAUCAGAUUAAAAUAACAUAAUAAUUUAUCAAGGAAAAUUUUGUAAUAGCUGCUUCUUUGUUAACUGUUCAUAGUAAACAACCCCAGAGCCCAUUGUUUAUCUUUGUCUAAACGCCACAAGACUAGAAGCUAAGCAAGGACUGUUAGGAUAAGAAAAAUUGUUCUUGCAAAGCAUUUGCAACAAAUCGCCCUCAAAGCUUUUCUUUCGCAGCCCAAUUCUUACUGUUAAAAUAAAAGUUACCAGAGGUACCCCAGAAUUGUCUAGCAUGAUUUCAGUACUAGUUCAGCAGAAGAAAAUGUAGAUUGGAUAGAGCAUUUGCCUUAUCAACUUUACACACACACAAAAAAAAUUCUUUUGCAUGGAGCACAAAAGGUUCAUAAGCGAUUCAGCUCUGGACUUGGGCGCUCUGUUUAAAUAAAGGCUUGUAACAGAAAACUAUCGACCUUAGUUUAGCAAAGAAAGGAGAUGUACUUUCCGCAGAAAUUACAAUAAAUUAAAAACCUAGUUAUUAAUUACGUACAUAUCAUUUCUAUACUGUCACUAGCACUGACGAAUAUCCAAAGAAUAAGAAAGACUGAUCAGCGUCAUACAAGUGUCGAUUGCUCGAUUUUUAACUUUUAAUCUACGUGAGCAAGGGCUAACCACUCACUCCUCUUUUCAGUUUCCCGGAUGCGACGUUCGUUAUAAAGGCAAAGUUUAGCACAACGAAGGCAAACUUUUUUUUUUUCUCAAGGCUCGUGGUUCUCGGGGAAACUCAAACUUUAAUUACAAUUAAUAACUUCAAUUCUAUUCUUCACCGCUAUUGCGGCAUAUCGCAUUCAAUUGCUACCAAAACAAGAUUGUCGCGAUUUCCCUCCUCCAACACCUUCACAUUUCUAUUGUUUUUCCUCUUCGUCCCCCACCACCACCACCACAUUUCUAUUGUUUCUCCUCCUCCACCACCACCACCACCACCACCACAUUUCUAUUGUUUUUGCUUCUCCACCACCAGCACCAGCACCAUCCUCGCCACUUGUCUAUUGUUUUCACUCCUCUUACUAUUUUCCUACCAGAUAGGUUGUUUGAGUUCGGCCUUUUUGGCCAAACAAAAGCAAAAGACAUGUGGUAAGGGUGGUGGUUGUGGAGGAGGGAAAACAAUAGAAAUGUGGAGGUGGUGGUGGUGUGGAGGUGGAGGAAGAAAAACAGUAGGAAUGUGGUGGUGGUGGUAGAGGAGGAAAGCAAUGGGAAUGUGAUGGUGGCGGCUGUGGUGGGGUAG